AUGUCGCAUAAACGCAAUUUCCCCGGAUCAGGAUCUGGCUACUCGCCAUACACGAAGCGUGCCCGCUCCUCAUACACAGAAGAUGACCAGGAUGACGAGGAAACACAGAACUCAGUGACGCCUUAUGAGAAACCUCGCAACCACCCUGUCUUCGGGCAGAAAAGCGCCUUUCCCGGUCUCGAUACAGCAGCUGGCGAUGAGCUCUUUUACGGUCCCGCGGAAGAUGGGCUGGAGUACCUGAGGAUGGUCCGUUCCGAGGCCAACUCCCUGCCUACACUUUUCAACGCACCCGCAACGACAGAAUCGUUGGUGGAGAACAGGAUAGUGGCGAAUGCGACCAGUACUAAACCUGAAUAUACCCAGCAGGGAAAUGUACUCGACGAGGAACUCAGUACUACAGAUCGCGUCCCAGAAGGAAUCUAUUCGGACGGAGUAUAUAUUGGCCUCGCCACAACAAAAGUCGACGCCGACGAGAAUUUAUCAGAUGCACAAGCUAGUUACUACAACCUCCUCCAUCAUAGAUUCCUUCUCUUACGGUCGAUUCUGAAAUGCACGCCACCGCCCGAAGCCAUAUCUGCGCUCGACGACUCGCACCCUAUCAGUUUUCCCCGAUCAUCCAAAAUUGCACAGAGAGAGUGGAGACGCCUGAUAAAAGAGGUUGAUCCUCAAACAGUGCAGCUUGCGUGCAUGGAUAUGGACAGUGUCCUGAGAGUGUUGGUGAUCGUGGCGCGGCUCAUAUCGGAUAACGUGCGUAAUGGAGAUGCAGUCCUAAUUCGACGUAUCGGUGCCUGGGCUUGGGGGCUCCUAGCGAAGUGCCGAGAUGCCGGGCAGCUAGGGGCUCGAGAUAUUGGGGAUAUUCGUGAGUUGGGAAAGCGUGCGGUAAGGAUUUUAAAGAAGAUAAGGGAAGAGCGCGAAGAAAUGCAGGACGAGGAAGACGAUGCAAAUGAUUACGAAUCUGAUGCAGAGAAUAAGAUUGCGGAAGGGCCGUCAGGCGACAAAGGGAGUGAAGCUGUCGAUAUCAGUGCCCUUCCCGACUCGGAGCACUUCGAUGCGGAGAAGAAAUCCGAUGCGGAGAAGCUGGAACAGGCGAAAGCACGACUCAAAGCCCGAAUUUCAGCAACUGAGAGUGAUUCAAUAUCUAAAGGAGGAAUAGGAACUCAACGCGAAGUGGGGGAAACAGCUGUAGAUGUUGGGACGCUGACUCGUGCGAUGCUGGAUAUGAUCAUUACCAUCAUUGGAGAACACUAUGGGCAGCGGGAUCUGUUGGAGGCACGGGAGUUAUGGACUGGAGCGGAGCAGAGUUUUUGUCCAUACAUGGGUAUAAACCAGCUACCUAGCACUAGUCAUGGGGCCAAGCUGCAGAUCUCCAUCCCAACAACCACAACUUCUACAACUUCCCCACCCUUCACAAUCUACAACAUCACCCUUCGCCUUCCUCUCCGUUCCUUCGCCGUCUCGAAGCGCUAUUCCGAUUUCACGACCUUCCAUACAACCUUAAUAUCCCAAACAAACAGCGCGCCACCUCUUCCCCUUCCCCCCAAAUCCUGGCUCUCAAAUACAGUCACCAAUGCCAAUCUUCGCGAAUCCCGCCGCCAAGGCCUUGAGUCCUACCUCCGCGCCAUCAACGAAGCACCAGAUCCCCGAUGGCGGAACUCACCAGUUUGGCGUGCUUUCUUGAACCUGCCUAGCCUAGGCAGUAACAAUAAUAGCAACGAGAACAUCACUGCAUCCUCCGCCCGUCUCCAUGCCGCAGCUACAGGACCUGGUUUUCUUAAUGGAGAUCCAAUUUUAGACCCAAGGUUAUGGCUCGAUUGCCACCGGGAUCUGAAAUCGCAUCUCCAUGAAGCGAGGUUACAUCUCACGAAGCGGGACCAAGAGACAACGCCACAGAGACAGCAUGAGAGCUCGGCGCGGGCGAAAAGCUCCCUUGUGCGUGCGGGGUCGCUGAUAACGGCCUUGGAGGAUGGACUGAAAAGAAUGGCCGACGCUGGGAAUUCGAAUGGUGGUACCAAGGGGCGUUAUACGAGCUCAAACUCGCUCGGUGAAGGCGAAAUCCGGCGCAGAAAGGACCUCCUUAUCAACGCUCGGAAGGAAAGGGAUGGGUUAGAGAACCUGCUGAAUGCGAUGGCGGCAAAGAGUCGUGUUGAUAACGCGGUUGCAUCGAUCAAGGAUAAAGAGGCGCUUAUAGGGGCCGCGAAUGGGACGGGAGGGGGAAGUAGCAGGAAACCGGCGAGGACCGGGAGGGUACUUGGAAAGGAGACGGAGCGGACCCGCGAGCUGGACAAUCAGGGUGUCCUGCAGUUGCAGCAGGAAAUGAUGCAGCAGCAGGAUAUGAGUGUGGAGGAGUUGCUGAAGAUUGUGAGACGGCAGAAGGAGCUAGGUAUCCAGAUUAACGAGGAGUUGGAGGUGCAGAAUGAGAUGUUAAGGAUGGUGGAUGAGGAUGCCACGAGGCUUCAGCAGAAGGUUGAUAUUGGGAAAAAGAGGCUGGGGAAGAUCUCGUAG